AUGGCUAGCGAAAACAGCGCGAAGCGACGCAGAAUCGACGACGGCGACUCGGACCAUCUCAGCAUCAAGCCGCAAAGAGCACGACCAGACCGACCGCAAGAUCGCAAUGGCGGACCUCAUGUUUCGAGAUAUGGCGAUGCGACGCCGCGCUCAUAUCGAGUUGAGGGCACGCCGCCUCGCGAAAAAUUCGAGGGGCCGGAAAGGGGUGUAAACAAUGAGGACUCGGCUGCUCUAGAUCGUGACUGGUAUAAUUACGGCGAAGAGGGAGCAGUACUUGGUGAUGAUUCGCAUAAUCCGUUUGGAGGCACUGAAGAUACAACGUAUGCCGAUCGCAUACGUGAGCAGGAGCUGCUGGAGAAGAAGCUGGCAGUGAGGUCCAACGUUAAUCCCAAGUUUUUGCAGCGACAGAAGGACAAUGAUGCCUGGGAGACGAAUCGCAUGCUGGCCAGUAGCGUCGCGCAGACGAGAGACAUGGGCAUGGAUUUUGGUGAGGACGACGAAGAGACCAGAGUCCAUUUGCUUGUGCACGACCUGAAGCCACCGUUUCUGGAUGGCAAGACUGUAUUUACAAAACAGCUUGAGCCAGUGAGCGCUGUCCGAGACCCGCAGAGCGACAUGGCAGUGUUUUCGAGGAAAGGCAGCAAAGCCGUGAAGGAGCGUCGACAGCAGAAAGAGAGGCAGAAGCAGGCUCAGGAAGCGACAUCUACAGCCAACACAGCACUAGGAAACAUCAUGGGAGUGAAAGAAGAGGACACAGACUCGGCUGCUCCGAAUGCGAAUGGUGAGGAAGAACCCAAGAACAAGGGCAGCAAGUUCGCAGAACACAUGAAGAAACAGGACAAGGGACAGUCAGACUUCUCCAGGACGAAGAGCUUGAGAGAGCAGCGAGAGUACCUACCAGCUUUUGCGGUGCGAGAAGAGUUGCUGAAGGUCGUGCGGGAUAACCAAGUCAUCAUCGUUGUUGGCCAGACAGGUUCUGGCAAGACAACGCAGCUUACACAGUUCUUGUAUGAAGAUGGCUACGCUAGAAACGGGUUCAUUGGGUGUACGCAACCACGACGUGUUGCUGCCAUGUCCGUCGCAAAGCGUGUCAGUGAAGAGAUGGAGGUUCCUCUCGGUGGCAAAGUCGGCUAUGCCAUUCGUUUCGAAGACUGCACGAGCAAAGAGACCCAGAUCAAGUACAUGACGGAUGGUGUCCUGCUAAGAGAAUCGUUGACGAAUCCUGAUCUUGAUCAGUACAGCUGCAUCAUCAUGGACGAGGCUCACGAGCGCGCGCUCAACACGGAUGUGCUGAUGGGCCUGAUCAAGAAAGUUCUUGCUCGACGACGAGAUCUCAAGCUGAUCGUGACUUCGGCAACCAUGAACGCGGAACGCUUCGCUCGCUUCUACGGAGGUGCGCCAGAAUUCUUCAUACCAGGAAGAACGUUUCCAGUCGACAUCCAAUAUUCGCGAUCUCCUUGCGAGGACUACGUGGAUAGUGCGGUACGACAAGUCCUUGCCAUACACGUGAGUCAGCCUGUCGGAGAUAUUCUGGUGUUCAUGACUGGACAAGAAGAUAUCGAAGUCACUUGCGAAUUGGUCGAAGAGAGGCUGGCUCAGCUGAAUGACCCUCCCAAGCUCAGCGUUCUGCCAAUUUACUCCCAGAUGCCUGCGGAUCUACAAGCCAAGAUCUUCGAUCGUGCUGCACCCGGCGUGAGAAAGGUCAUCGUGGCGACCAACAUUGCCGAGACGUCGCUCACAGUCGACGGUAUCAUGUAUGUCGUGGAUUGUGGCUUCAGCAAGCUCAAAGUCUACAACCCACGCAUGGGCAUGGACACGUUACAGAUCACACCGAUCAGUCAAGCCAACGCAUCGCAACGUGCUGGUCGUGCCGGACGUACUGGGCCUGGCAAAGCAUUCCAUCUCUACACGGAGCGAGCCUUUCGGGACGAGUUCUACAUUGCCACGAUACCCGAGAUCCAGCGGACUAACCUUGCGAAUACAGUUCUGCUUCUGAAGUCGCUUGGUGUGAAGAAUCUUCUGGACUUUGACUUUAUGGAUCCUCCACCGCAAGACACCAUUACGACCUCGCUCUUCGACCUAUGGGCUCUAGGAGCGCUGACGAACCUGGGAGAGCUAACUGAUCUUGGUCGUCAGAUGACAUCUUACCCCAUGGAUCCAUCACUCGCCAAGCUCGUCAUCAUGUCUUCGACCACUUAUCACUGUGCGGAGGAGAUGGUGACCGUUGUUGCCAUGCUCAGCGUACCCAGUGUCUUCUACCGCCCGAAGGAGCGUCUCGAAGAAGCAGAUGCAGCACGUGAGAAGUUCUUCGUACACGACUCAGAUCAUCUUACGCUGCUCACUGUGUACCAGCAAUGGGUCGCCAACGGACGGAGAGACAACUGGUGUGUCAAGCACUUCCUCCACCCCAAAGCACUACGCCGAGCAGAGGAGGUCCGCACUCAGAUCACGGAUAUCAUGUCCUCCAACAAAAUGGAAAUUGUCUCCUGCGGCUAUGACCUCGACGUAGUCCGCCAGUGCAUCUGCAGCGGUUACUACCACCAAGCAGCAAAACGAAAAGGCCUCGGCGAGUACGUGAACCUCCGCACGAGCGUUACCAUGGCCCUACAUCCUACCAGUGCCCUUUACAACAGCGGCGAUCCGCCUGACUACGUUGUCUACCACGAACUCAUCCUCACGAGCAAGGAGUAUAUGAGCGUCGCUACUGCCGUGGAUGCGCAUUGGCUUGCUGAUCUGGGGGGUGUUUUCUAUAGCGUGAAGGAGAAGGGGUACAGCGCUAUUCAAGGAAGGAGAGAGAUGGAGUAUAGCAAGAAGGCAGAGCUUGAGGAGCAGAUUAGGAAAGAUAGGUCAAGGCAGAAGGAGGAGGAGGAGGAGGAUGAGCAGAGAGGAGUCUCUGGCACGAAGAGUAGCACUAAUGGGCCGGCGAAGAGUGCUGUGAAGAAGGUGGGAGGGUCGAAGGGGAGUGCUGUUGUUAAGCCGGUUAUUGGAGGCAGGCGGAAGAGGUAG